GCCUGUUUCCGGCCGACGACGCAGCUGAAAUUUGGGAGCAUUGAGCGUUUGGAGCUGAGUGAGUGACUGGUGUUUGUCGGCAGUUCCGCUUCGGGGAGCCGGGAUGAAAGGAUACUUCACCGAAAUAUUUAGAUUUACCGUGAUUAUUGGUACAUAAUCAGGGUGGUGUAACUAUUUCUGUGAGUUAUCCUUUCCUGCUUGGUUCGUUGAGCUACAGUUUUUCCAACUGCAUUUGAAAGAAGUAUGACUGCUGCUGUGAAACAGGUUCCUUUGACUCCCCUUGUACAACAAAGCUGGAAGGACCGUAGUGAAAAUAUCACAGGACAAGAGCCAGGAGAUCAAUCUUGCAUAACUGACUUCUGCAAUCUGACACCAGGCGGAAAGUAUCUACAACUGGUAACAAAAAAUGUGAACACCCACAAAGGAAAGCUUAUACCUCUUCGUAAGGGCUUGCCAAUUAUAAUUGGAGACCUGGAUGAUACAGUUUAUUGGGGAAGGCCUGACAUGCUUAAAUGUUGGGAGGAUCUCUACCUGCCGCAGAGAAUGGAGAUGGUGGUCCUGGGUACCAUUGAUGGUUAUCCGUCCCUAGCUCCAGGGCUUCAACUUGUCAUUCUCGCUGGAAAAGAUGGUCCAGUAUUUGCCUAUGAAGAGGAAAUGUUGCACAAAAUUGCCAAUAAUUUAAAGCAGCUCUUUACGGAAGGCGUGACAUUCCCUGGAACUGAAAUCUAUGAAUAUGGCAGAGGUUUCAGGCCAAAGACUAAUGAAGAAUACCAAUCAGCCCUGAAGGAAGCAGGAUUGGAAAAGAUUUCUCAGGACACUAGGGAUUUCAUUAGCAAGAAUGCAGCUGAAAUGAAGCAACUGAUUGAUGAUUUGAAUUUCUUGUAAUUUCUUGGUCUUUGAGUGGCGAACUCGGUUACCGUACUAAUCGAAGAAGGUUGGUGUCAAUCACCACCGCAGGACAUCCCAACCGGUUUAAUGCCUUUUUUGGAAGUGCAGUGUUCAGUUUGUGCACAGCUACUUAUUCUAAUGUGAAAAUGACCAUGUUAGAAUUGAUUUUUGAAGGAUUAUUUCCUUGUUGCACUUAAAUGGUGACUGAGAAACUGAGGCCGCACUUGCUCAUAUGUCUCAUGUCAAAGACUCCGCCUCUGACAGAGCAACACUAACAGUGUUACUCUGGAAUACUUACAUUCCUGUUUAUACAACUCCCUUCCAACCUGAUGGAGGAAAGGGUUGAUACGCAAGCUGGCUUUAUUCCAGGAUAACCAGUCAUGAAUUUUAAAUAUUUUAGUUGUUUUUGCUGUCUUAUUUUCUUCCCCCUUUAUUUUUGCAAUUUUUAUUGCUAAUUGAAAUAUCUCUUUAUUUUCCCUUUUAUUUUUGAGACUCUGCAUUUUUCACAUUUUAAUCCGAAAAUGGGAUUUGCCUUGUCUAAUUGACAGUAGCCUUGAGUCCUUUUGCAUUGAGGUUUAGGGUGACUUGAUCAGGUUUUUAUGGACCACACUCGACGUGCAAUUGCUUGAAGUUCUUGUAUGGCUUCAUGGCAGCUUUUGUGAGGUAUUAUUGCAAUAUGUAUCACUGAAAACAGACGUUGAAGCUUUUCGUCUUGCACUGCGACUGCUGACUGCAAGACGAAGCUUUGUGCCGUUUUUGUAAGUGAUAUUUGAAUUAUGUCCGAUCAAACAAACAGCCUCAAGAAGGUGUGCACCCAAGGAAAAGAUUUCAUUUUGUUUAGAUAAAAUUCAAUUGGUCUUUUGAAAUAGUUGUGAAAUUAUACACCUGAUGGGCACCCAAGGUAAAGAUUUCAUUUUGUUUAGCUAAAAUUCAAUCAGCCCUUUGAGAUACCUGUGAAAUUAAGCACCCAAGUCUGCGAUUUGAAUUUUAGCUAAAAAUGAAUCAGCCCCUUGAGAUACCAGUGAAAUUAAGCACCCGAGUGUGGGAUUUAAUUUUGUUUAGCUAAAAUUUAAUCGGCCCUUUUGAGGUACCUGUGAAAUUAAGCACCCAAGUGUGCGAUUUCAUUUUGUUGAGCUAAAAUUCAAUCAGCCCUUUGAGAAGCUUGUGAAAUUAAGCACCCAAGUGUGCACCCAAGUGUGCGAUUUCAUUUUGUUUAGCUAAAAUUCAAUCAGCCCUUUGAAAUACUUGUGAAAUUAAGCACCCAAGUGUGCAAUUUCAUUGUAUUUUAGCUAAAUAAAAUCAGCCCUUUGAGAUGCCUGUGAAGUUAAGCACCCAAGUGUGCGAUUUCAUUUUGUUUAGCUAAAAUUCAAUCAGCCCUUUGAGAUGCCUGUGAAAUUAAGCACCCAAGUGUGCGAUUUCAUUAUAUUUAGCUGAAAUUCAAUCAGCCCUUUGAGAUGCCUAUGAAAUUAAGCACCCAAGUGUGCACCCAGGUGUGCAAUUUCAUUUUGUUUAGCUAAAAUUGAAUUGGCCCUUUGAGAUGCCUGUGAAAUUAAGCACCCAAGUGUGUGAUUUCAUUUUGCUUAGCUAAAAUUCAAUCAGCCCUUUGAGAUGCCUGUGAAAUUAAGCACCCAACUGUGUGAUUUCAUUUUGUUUAGCUAAAAUUCAAUCAGCCCUUUGAAAUACCUGUGAAAUUAAGCACCCGUGUGUGAUUUCAUUGAAUUUUAGCUAAACAAAAUCAGCCCUUUGAAAUACCUGUGAAAUUAAGCACCCAAGUGUGCGAUUUCAUUAUAUUUAGCUGAAAUUCAAUCAGCCCUUUGAGAUGCCUGUGAAAUUAAGCACCCAAGUGUGCACCCAGGUGUGCAAUUUCAUUUUGUUUAGCUAAAAUUGAAUUGGCCCUUUGAGAUGCCUGUGAAAUUAAGCACCCAAGUGUGUGAUUUCAUUUUGUUUAGCUAAAAUUCAAUCAGCCCUUUGAAAUACCUGUGAAAUUAAGCACCCAAGUGUGCGAUUUCAUUUUGUUUAGCUAAAAUUCAAUCAGCCCUUUGAGAUACCUGUGAAAUUAAGCACCCAAGUCUGCGAUUUGAAUUUUAGCUAAACAAAAUGAAUCAGCCCCUUGAGAUACCAGUGAAAUUAAGCACCCGAGUGUGGGAUUUAAUUUUGUUUAGCUAAAAUUCAAUCAGCCCUUUGUGAUGCCUGUGAAAUCAAGCACCCAAGUGUGCGAUUUCAUUUUGCUUAGCUAAAAUUCAAUCAGCCCUUUGAGAAGCUUGUGAAAUUAAGCACCCAAGUGUGCACCCAAGUGUGCGAUUUCAUUUUGUUUAGCUAAAAUUCAAUCAGCCCUUUGAAAUACUUGUGAAAUUAAGCACCCAAGUGUGCAAUUUCAUUGUAUUUUAGCUAAAUAAAAUCAGCCCUUUGAGAUGCCUGUGAAGUUAAGCACCCAAGUGUGCGAUUUCAUUUUGUUCAGCUAAAAUUCAAUCAGCCCUUUGAGAAGCUUGUGAAAUUAAGCACCCAAGUGAGCGAUUUCAUUUUGUUUAGCUAAAAUUCAAUCAGCCCUUUGAAAUAAUUGUGAAAUUAAGCACCCAAGUGUGCAAUUUCAUUGAAUUUUAGCUAAAUAAAAUCAGCCCUUUGAGAUGCCUGUGAAGUUAAGCACCCAAGUGUGCGAUUUCAUUUUGUUUAGCUAAAAUUCAAUCAGCCCUUUGAGAUGCCUGUGAAAUUAAGCACCCAAGUGUGCACCCAGGUGUGCAAUUUCAUUUUGUUUAGCUAAAAUUGAAUUGGCCCUUUGAGAUGCCUGUGAAGUUAAGCACCCAAGUGUGCGAUUUCAUUUUGUUUAGCUAAAAUUCAAUCAGCCCUUUGAGAAGCUUGUGAAAUUAAGCACCCAAGUGUGCACCCAAGUGUGCGAUUUCAUUUUGUUUAGCUAAAAUUCAAUCAGCCCUUUGAAAUACUUGUGAAAUUAAGCACCCAAGUGUGCAAUUUCAUUGAAUUUUAGCUAAAUAAAAUCAGCCCUUUGAGAUGCCUGUGAAGUUAAGCACCCAAGUGUGCGAUUUCAUUUUGUUUAGCUAAAAUUCAAUCAGCCCUUUGAGAUGCCUGUGAAAUUAAGCACCCAAGUGUGCACCCAGGUGUGCAAUUUCAUUUUGUUUAGCUAAAAUUGAAUUGGCCCUUUGAGAUGCCUGUGAAAUUAAGCACCCGAGUGUGCAAUUUCAUUUUGUUUAGCUAAAAUUCAAUCAGCCCUUUGAGAUGCCUGUGAAAUUAAGCACCCAAGUGUGUGAUUUCAUUUUGUUUAGCUAAAAUUCAAUCAGCCCUUUGAAAUACCUGUGAAAUUAAGCACCCGUGUGUGAUUUCAUUGAAUUUUAGCUAAACAAAAUCAGCCCUUUGAAAUACCUGUGAAAUUAAGCAGCCAAGUGUGCGAUUUCAUUUUGCUUAGCUAAAAUUCAAUCAGCCCUUUGAGAUGCCUGUGAAAUUAAGCACUCAAGUGUGCGAUUUCAUUAUAUUUAGCUGAAAUUCAAUCAGCCCUUUGAGAUGCCUGUGAAAUUAAGCACCCAAGUGUGCACCCAGGUGUGCAAUUUCAUUUUGUUUAGCUAAAAUUGAAUUGGCCCUUUGAGAUGCCUGUGAAAUUAAGCACCCAAGUGUGUGAUUUCAUUUUGUUUAGCUAAAAUUCAAUCAGCCCUUUGAGAUGCCUGUGAAAUUAAGCACCCAAGUGUGUGAUUUCAUUUUGUUUAGCUAAAAUUCAAUCAGCCCUUUGAAAUACCUGUGAAAUUUAGCACCCAAGUGUGCGAUUUCAUUUUGUUUAGCUAAAAUUCAAUCAGCCCUUUGAGAUACUUGUGAAAUUAAGCACCCAAGUCUGCGAUUUGAAUUUUAGCUAAACAAAAUGAAUCAGCCCUUUGAGAUACCUGUGAAAUUGAACGCCUGAAUAAAAUCAAAGCGUGCAGCCAAGGUAAAGAUUUUGUUUUGUUGAGCUAAAAUUCAAUCAGCCCUUUGAAAUACCUGUGAAAUUAAGCACCCAAGUGUGCGAUUUCAUUGAAUUUUAGCUAAACAAAAUCAGCCCUUUGAAAUACCUGUGAAAUUAAGCACCCGAUUGUGCACCCAAGUGUGCGAUUUCAUUUUGUUUAGCUAAAAUUCAGUUGGCCCUUGAGAUACCUAUGAAAUUAAGCACCCGAUUGUGCACCCAAGUGUGCGAUUUCAUUUUGUUUAGCUAAAAUUCAGUUGGCCCUUGAGAUACCUAUGAAAUUAAGCACCCGAUUGUGCACCCAAGUGUGCGAUUUCAUUUUGUUUAGCUAAAAUUCAAUCAGCCCUUUGAGAUACUUGUGAAAUUAAGCACCCAAGUCUGCGAUUUGAAUUUUAGCUAAACAAAAUGAAUCAGCCCUUUGAGAUACCUGUGAAAUUGAACGCCUGAAUAAAAUCAAAGUGUGCAGCCAAGGUAAAGAUUUUGUUUUGUUGAGCUAAAAUUCAAUCAGCCCUUUGAAAUACCUGUGAAAUUAAGCACCCAAGUGUGCGAUUUCAUUGAAUUUUAGCUAAACAAAAUCAGCCCUUUGAAAUACCUGUGAAAUUAAGCACCCAAGUGUGCGAUUUCAUUUUGUUUAGCUAAAAUUCAGUUGGCCCUUGAGAUACCUAUGAAAUUAAGCACCCGAUUGUGCACCCAAGUGUGUGAUUUCAUUUUGUUUAGCUAAAAUUCAAUCGGCCCUUUGAGAUACCUGUGAAAUUGAACGCCUGAAUAAAACCAAAGUGUGCAGCCAAGGUAAAGAUUUUGUUUUGUAUCUCUAAAAUUCAAUCAGCCCCUUGAGAUGCCUGUGAAAUUAAGCACCCAAGUGUGUGAUUUCAUUUUGUUUAGCUAAAAUUCAAUCGACCCUUUGGGAUACCUGUGAAAUUAAGCACCCAAGUGUGCGGUUUCAUUUUGUUGAGCUGAAAUUCCAUCGGCCCUUUGAAAUACCUGUGAAAUUGAACGCCUGAAUAAAACCAGAGUGUGCA